UUGCAGCAGAUGGACUGCUGCACAGCCUGCAACACACUUACAAAGGACAGACUGUAAAUGUGACAGUGUGAGAGUCUGAGAGCACAACAGACGCUGUGAGUGUAGGAGAAUGUCUGAGAGUUUGUGAGCGUCUCAUGUCCUCUGGAGUUAGACGCUGUGAGCAAUAAUCCUCUUGAGAUAAAACGGAUACAGACAAGUGAACAGGAGACGAAGAGGGGGCACUUUUGCUCUUCACACUUGGCCCGCUUUUACAGGCAGGUGCAAACCCAGCAAUCUACUGUAGUACUGUUAUCAAUGCACUUGCAAGGAGUAUCCUGAUAGAUGCUACGGACAGCAGUGGGACAUUUUAUCAAAGAUAGACGAGUGAAGGAAAGUUUGAGGCCACUUUUGGAAGCACAGAGAGGGUCUCUAUGGUGAAGAUGAGUCUGGACCCUGUACAGGUGAUGAGUGGACAGGCGAAGGAACUCAAAGUUGCCCCUUCAUCCAACGGGGACAGCAAAGGAUCAUGGGAAGAGAAAAAGGAGUUUGAUCAAGAAAACUUGGGCCUUACCACCAAGCCAAAACCAGUGACCGGGAGACGAGCCCGGAAGGUGGAGGGAGGCGUUUUCUUCCCAAAACCGGAGAAUGCGGUGACCAUCGCUGUUUCUACCCGGGUCUUGUUCAGGACCGAUCGGGAACAGAAGGUGUUUGAGCAGAAAGGUGUUGAGGAGUAUUUACGAUAUCAGAUCGAACAUGAGAACGAACCCUUCGCCCCAGGGCCUGCAUUCCCUUUUGUCAAGGCUCUGGAGGCGGUGAAUGCUCGUCUGCGAGAGCUGUACCCACAAAGUGAAGAACUCUUUGACAUCGUUUUAGUGACGUACAAUCAUGCACAUGUAGGAAUCCGGCUCAUCAACACCAUCAACCAUCACAACUUAUUCAUUGAGAGGUUUUGUAUGACGGGAGGCAGCAGUCCAAUUGGCUACCUGAAGGCCUGGCACACCAACCUCUACCUCUCUGCUGACUCUGAAAAGGUCAGGGAGGCCCUGGCAGAAGGCAUCGCAGCGGCCACCAUGUUCCUGCCAGAAAAGCAAACAGAGGUGUCGGAGUCUCAGCUGAGAGUAGCAUUUGAUGGCGAUGCUGUCCUCUUUUCAGAUGAGUCUGAGCGCAUCUUUAAGGCCCAUGGCCUGGACAAAUUCUUCGAACAUGAGAGGGACAAUGAAGACACACUACUGGAUCAUGGUCCACUGAAGGGCUUCCUGGAAGCCUUAGGGAAGCUCCAGAAAAAGUUUUAUGCCAAAGGCCACCGUCUGGACUGUCCCAUCCGUACGUUCUUGGUCACAGCUCGUAGCGCAGCCAGCUCCGGCAUCCGAGCGCUGAAGACUCUCAGGGCCUGGGGCUUGGAGAUUGAUGAAGCCUUGUUCCUCGCGGGGGCACCAAAGGGUCCCAUGCUGGAAAAGAUCAGGCCUCACAUCUACUUUGAUGAUCAGAUGUUUCAUGUGGAAGGAGCAGCUGAGAUGGGAACCAUUGCUGCACAUGUGCCCUACGGCAUUGCACAGAAACAUAAUGCAAAACAAAAGACUAGUGUGGGCAAGUAGACGGCAGGACAUGCGAUGCUGCUGUGUCAGAGGAUGAACAGGACAGAGAAACAUUUUAGUGAAGAGAAAAGUUGAGAGAUUUCAGAUGGAAAGCUGACACUAUUGUAUGUGGAAAUUUAUCAUUUCUACAUUGUAGCAAAUGUUUUGUAAGUUUAUUUCAAUGUCAAUGCUGACAUAGGAGUUGGUCAAGGAAAGGUCUGGAACCUGAGAUGACCUGAAUGCAAAGAAUCCUUCAGCUUUACGUAGUCUACUCAGUAAUGAAGUGUUUUAUGAUGUAUUGCUUUCUGCAGGCAUAAUGGAGGUGCUUGAUCGCUGUUCAGACCUUCUUCUCAUUAUCUUGAGAAUAUAAACACCUCACUUGUAGGGGUUAUUCAGCAACCCUGACAAAACUCCACUUUCGUAAAGUAUAAAAAAUGGACUGUAUGUGGUUGAUGAAUGAGCCAUGGCAAGAAUGUAAAGAUAAUAUAAAUCAAAUUGGUGUUGAUGUAAUGUAGCAAAAUAGUCACGAUUUUAAGGAAAAGCAUUUUAUCCCAUUAGAAUUCACAAGAAUGUAAAAAUGUAUUUGCACCAACACAAACCAUGUCAUAUGUAUAGAAUAUAUUGUAUCCACUGCUGCAUAAGUGCUAGACAAGAAAGCCAUAUGACUCAUCUGGUGCCUUAGAACAAAUUAAGACACUGAUUCUAGUCCCACUUGGGGCAAUGUAGUUGACGUCUUUUUUUACCAGUGGGGGAGUGUGAUGGAGUGCUUCCAGGUGCAGACAUACAGACUAGGACAAACCUUUGCCCAACUGGGCUACAUGUCUCCUCUUGUUCAGUCAAGAUAUUUUUGCCCACAUAGCUACCUAAGAGCACCAGCACCCUUGGAGAAUUUCACCUGUGUAGACACUUGAAGUAAAGGAUGAAUUGCCAUGACACAAAUUCAGCAGGCAGCCAGCUUGGUUUUACUGCCCUCUCCUGAACAUCAAGGCCUGUACACAGUCACACAGCCUUUUUUCUGUUAGAGAGAAUGAGCCGUUUUAGCAUUCUUUGUGGCCAUCUAGAGUUUGUUUCAGUUUGCAAAAAAAAGCUUAAGCAUUCAGCUGAAAAUCUUGCAUGAGUCACCUAUUGAUUAUUUUUGUCUCCAAAGGCCUUUGAAUGACAAUGCACCUCAGUCUGUCACUGCUGUUAAAACCCCAGUACUGGGUUGAAUCUAACCUUGCAAAGCCAAUGAAUUGGCCAGACUCCAUGUCCAAGCUGAAACCACUGUUACCGGUCAGAGAAUAAUCAGACCAAUCAGGGACAUUUGAGGAAAAUGUAUGAGGUAGCUAUGUUGUUUAGUUGUACUGUAAGCCUGUAAACAAUGGUGGCCAGUGAGGAGAUUAGCAUUAGUGCAGCUACAGCAACAGUUUUAUCAGUAUUUCCUUAUUGAAAGAAGAGCAAAGAAUCACACUGAAAGCCUUUCUUGGAGCUAACAUGUUUUUGCUCGUUUCCCAACUGUAUUCAGCAAGUUUUAUUUACCAACUGGCUCCACUGAUGUUAAAGAAUCGUGUAUUGAUAUAGCACCAGCUGCCUGUUGAGCUUAUAUGAUUAACUCUCCAGGGUGACAUAUGCCUACUGUGUCAAGUGUUUUGUUUCUUUGGCUGGCCCAUAUUUAAUGUGACAAACAGAACAGGCUCUGCCCUUCCCAAAACACUGUAUGUGGGGUGUUGCCCAGUUGGUAAUAUAUCCCAUGCCAUGGAAAAGUAAAACAGUCUAUCUGGCAUCCCUGAGGAGAAGCCCAGGCCCCAACAGCAGGAGCAAACCCCUUAAAAAAAAAUCACCUAAAAUGACUUCAUAUUAAGUAAAUGACAGUGAGGUAGAUCCAUAUAGACAGAUAGAAACAAUGAGUUGAUGAAUCACUGUGUGGUAA